UAGAACACGUGACAUUGCCAUUUGACGUAGACCGACGUAGCACCCAGCAGGAAGUUGUGCGUCUUUGUUGUGUUAGAUAACAAAAAAUGACAUAAUGUAAAUAGCAAUAAUGCAUGCAUUCGGGUAUAACGCAUGGUUUGUGUAAGGUCAAAUAAAUGCAUAAUCGAACCAAGCUGGAGCUAUUAUAUUAGCGGCAAGUUCUAGGGAUGCAACUCGUCUUGCAAUUCUACAAAAUGGAGGCUCUUGCAUAUGGACUGGAGAAUGUCUGACCAGCACGAGUGUGAUAACCCAGGAAACACUCCGGGGACGUCAGACUCCAGACAAUGCUUUGCUCUGGGCAGAAGUUUGCCGGGACGAGUGUCCCUGAAUCCUCCGCCCCCUCCGGGACGACUGAGCUCUCUGCGCUCCAGAGACCUUACACUGGGUGGGUUUAAGAAGAAAACUUUCAUUCCGAAUGUGCAUUCGGUUCGGAAGUCUAAAGACGAACUAAAGGAUGAAGCUCACAAUGUUCCAAAAAGAGAGAAGAAAGAAAAAGAGGAGAAGCACAGGGAGGUCAGAGGAAGGAGGAGAGAGCGGCCCCAGACCAUUCAGUCACACUCCAUAUUUGAGCAGGGCCCGGCUGACACCAUUAAGAAAACAGGGAGCUGGGAUAGUGCAGAGCAGAGCGAGUAUGGACAAUCACCGGUUUUAAAAUGCAUUAAAAAAGAGAAGCGUGUCGCCGAAGAUGACGAUAACGAGAUUCUUCAGAAGCUUCAACGAGAUGAUUUUUUGGAUGACCCAGGUUUGAAAAAUGAUGCAAGAAACCGACCAAUUCAACUUCCACUCUACCAAUCAAGCGAGUUUUUCACAGGUGACACAGCCAUCCAUGUGAAAGAAGAAACGGUGGGUGAUCGUGCAAGUUCGGCGGCACCCAUAGUGCUGCCACAGAGGGGCUCUCGGCUCGCGAAAGGGGCUUUGAACCCUCAACAGCCAACUGUGGCAGAACUCUUCCAGCAGCUCACCGUUUCCGAGAAGGAAGAGCUGCUCUUCAUCCAGCUGCCAGACACCCUCCCUGGCCAGCUGGAAUCGAACGCCGAAAAACUUCCUAAGAAAGACACCAAACCAGAAGAAAAGCGGCAGUCUCUCAUUAAAACACGAGAGCCCGUGGCUAAAGAAACCGCUCCCGUCCUAUCGGAUUUCUCAGAGGGACUGAUAGGGAAACUCCAGAUCAGAAAAUCUGGAAGAGUCCAACUGGCCUUGGGGGAAAUCAUAAUGGAUGUUUCAGAAGGAGCUGCGUUUUCUUUCCUGCAGCAACUUGUAUCUGUCCGGUUAUCUGAAGGUCUCGCCGGAGAUAUGAGCGUUCUGGGAAAUGUGAAGCACAAGCUGGUGUGCUCUCCAGACUUCGAAGCACUUCUGCAGGAAGUCAAGCUUCCCCCAAACACGCGUUCAGGGAAUUCUUAACUAGGUCACUGCUUAGCAGAACGUAAUACUUUGUGAAUAGCAUCUUUUAUGUAAUUUUGUAAGUGUAAGUAUUGUUACAUGAACUCCAGCACACAGCAUGGGGUAAGGACUUGCUAGUACUUGUGUAUGUUUCAAAAAACUUGACAAUGUUGCUGAUUUGUUAUAGAAAAAAUGUUUGUAAAUGUUUAUUAAAACUACAAAACUACAAUACAAAACAUGGAAUUCA